GCAUCCUUUGGAAGAGGUUGUGUAUAUUGUUAUCAUUAAAUUCGGUCGUCACCUUUUCGUGACAGUUGUUUAGUGUGGUUCUUGCAGCAUAAGGUGAAGGACAGCUGUGGAGACAAGCCGAAAGUGAGGUCAACAAAUUAGGCAGCGCUAGGGGAAGGAAAUCCAGAGCAAAAGAAGUUGAACGAGAGCGUUCGAUACUAAUUAAAUACGAUGAAGUCUCAUUCUUGAGAGAGCAGACUUUGUGUACAAUUUUCAAUUUCAGUUCAUAACAUAUGGAACUUUUCGAGUGGUUAAACUUAAAAAGAUCGUGUAAACACUAGAAAAGGAUCAAUAUAUUGAGAAAUAAUCGUAAAGUGAAGUGAAGACACUUUGGUGCAUUUUAAAACUAUAGCAAGGAUUACGUCGUGCAAAAACCGUAAAUUUAUUGUGAAUUAAUCCAAAGAUGAUUAGGCUUGAUUAUCCGAUCAAUGAGUACAUCUAAUUAAUUUUAACGAAGAUACCCCAAGUGAGCCUGAAUAUUUGAAAAUAGCCUAGCGAAACAACAGCGGAAGUAAUAUAAUCGGCUUGUUUUCAUGAUAUAUUCACCUUUGGAUUAAGAACCUAACGAAGGAAGUGAAACGUAGCGAGGCGUGUCAAAAGAGGUUUGAGAGGAAAGAACAUCUGCCGUGGAAAGACGGUCAGGAAACGCAAAUCGUAUACACGCAAAGGUGCACCCAGCGGCGAAGGCAAUAACAGCACCACAGCAAGCUAAAUACAUACCGGAAAAGCGGAGAGAAACAAGAGAACCAUAAAAACAGCAGACGGACGUCAUAUGGUAUUGGUUCCUAAAAUCGUGCAGUCGUGCGUUUAUGACCUACUCCAAUAAAGAAGCGUGAGGAGCAGAAGGGCACGUGUUACCUCGUUGGUGGUAAACCAGUAGAAGAUUCGAACAACAUGCAGGUAGAAAGUGCAACUAAGUGGCGCGUACCACCACUUGAUCUAUCCGCGGUCAGUGUGCUCUCGAAUGAAAACGAUCGCCGUUGGAACAACACCACCACCAACAACAAUAAUAACAACAAUCAUCAUAAUCAGCUUCCACAUCAUCAUUAUCAUCAUCAUCAUGCGAGCAAUACUUCCUCAGGUCAAGCACCUCAGCCUCCAGCGAAAAAGAUUCAGUACGGUGCAGAUGGCCUACCAAUCGAUCCACGAGACUGGACACGAGCUAAUGUCUGGACCUGGUUGAUUAAUCUGGCCCAAUCAGAAGGUUUAGACAUCAGUCCAGAACUUGCUCAAAAGUUUCCUAUGAACGGAAAGGCUCUCUGUCUCAUGAGUCUAGAUAUGUACCUCAGCCGGGUGCCCAUUGGAGGGAAGAUGCUAUAUCGCGACUUUCGAGUGCGGCUUGCACGAGCUAUGAGUUUAUAAAUUCACCAAACCUCAUUUUAUAAUUUUUUGCACAUUUCUAACUGCUCUAAGACAAGUAUCCAAAUUCGAAUAUGGUAAAAUUAAAUGUAAUUUAAGUAGUUUAUGUUCUUCGUAAUUAAAAUCAAUGCAUCAAUCAGUUAGACAUGCGGUUACCAAUUUAGCUAACUUCCAAAGUUUCAAAUGUUGCUUUAUCCACGCUGUUCUAAUCUCAGUUAGAGAGUUUCAAUAGCAUGCAACAGCCAACCUAACCAAUCGUUACAACAGCCAAAAUCUCUAGACAAAGGUUUACUUAAAUUGAGAUGUUUACUCUCUAAACUGUAUUUUUUUAAUUAUAAUGUUUAGUUUAAAGUGACACCGACAUUACUGUCUCUAGUACGACAACAAUUAAUAAGUGUAAAUAGUAUUUUUAAAGUUAAG